UCAGGUAUUUUCCACUUCCAAUUCUGGCAGUACGGAAAAUGGGUGGAUGUUGUGAUCGAUGACCGUCUACCUACAUCAAAUGGCGAGUUACUUUACAUGCACUCCAAGAGUAAUAACGAAUUCUGGAGUGCUUUGUUGGAGAAGGCAUAUGCCAAGCUCUUCGGCUCAUAUGAAGCGCUCAAAGGAGGUACCACAGCCGAAGCUCUUGAAGAUAUGACUGGUGGUUUGACAGAAUUCUUUGAUCUACGUCAACCACCUAGAAAUCUGAUGCAAAUGAUGAUGAGAGGAUUCGAAAUGGGCUCGCUAUUCGCCUGCUCGAUCGAGGCCGAUCCAUACGUUUGGGAAGCAAAAAUGUCCUGCGGCCUUGUAAAGGGCCAUGCUUACUCUAUCACUGGUAUGCGCAUUGUAAAUGGUCCAUAUGGACAGACAUGCCUACUUCGUAUACGAAAUCCAUGGGGUAACGAGCAGGAAUGGAAUGGUCCAUGGUCAGACAAUUCUGAAGAAUGGCGUAGUGUAUCUGGCCAAGAAAAAGAAGAUAUGGGCUUACGCUUCGAUCAUGAUGGAGAGUUCUGGUAA